CAUCUUCCUUAAUCUUAAUCCUCCGUGCAUGGCGUCAUUCAACAACGUUAAAAUACAGGAGGUUUCUAAAGUAACUUCUUUCUCCGACUCCAUUACUGAGUUUUCUCUCCCUCUGACUUUUUACGACACUUAUUGGUUCAAUUUUCCUCCUGUUGAACGCCUUUACUUGUAUCAAAUCACUCACUUAACCCCUCACUUCUUCUACUCAGUUAUCCUCCCAGACCUCAAGCACUCUCUCUCUCUCACUCUCCUCCAUUAUUUCCCUCUUGCUGGUAACCUUAUCUGGCCCCAAGAUGCCCCAAAGCCUUACAUCCACUACUCCCCGGACGACGGCGUUUCGGUCACUGUUGCAGAGUCUACCGCCGACUUCAGUUUGCUCUCUGGUAAUGGCGUUCAUGAAGCUGUGGAAUUUCAUCCUUUAAUCCCUCAAUUGGUGACUUCUGAUGACAAAGCAGCGGUGAUAGCUGUACAAAUAACUUUGUUUCCGAAACAAGGCUUCUCCAUCGGCAUAACAACUCACCAUGCUAUUCUUGAUGGGAGAAGUUCAACCAUGUUUAUCAGGUCUUGGUCUUAUUUAUGCAGACAAUUAGGUGAAGAUCAUGAAGAAAAGCCUUCUUUGUUACCAGAACUAAUCCCGUCUUUUGACCGAUCAGUCAUUAGAGAUCCCACUGGAAUCGACAUGGAGUAUGUCAACAACUGGGUCGCUUACACCAACACACGAAGCUUGAAGCUUCUGCCAAACGUAUUUCCGAACACCGAUUGGGUUCGAGACACAUUUGAGUUGACCCGCGAAGACAUUCAGAAACUUAGGAAUCGGGUGUUGCUUAUAUUGAAUAAGGAUGAUAAAAGGGACAAAGAACCAGGACAGCUUCAUUUAUCAACUUUUGUGCUUACAUUGGCAUAUGCAUUCGUGUGUAUGGUUAAAGCUAGAGGAGGAGAAGAUAACAGAGGAGUCAUUUUCGGCUUCCCGGCAGAUUAUAGGACCCGUUUAGAUCCUCCAGUUCCAUUGAAUUAUGUUGGCAACUGCGUUAUGCCCCACUAUUGCACUGCAACAGCAAGAGAUUUGGAAGGAGAAAACGGGUUUGCUUUUGCUGCAGAGAAGUUGAGUGAUCAGAUAAAAUCACUAGAGAGCGGAGAACUCAAGGGAACAAAAGAUACACUUUCAACGAUGCUGGUAUGGAUGAAAGCUCUGUCCGGAGAAGUACAAGGCAUUGGAGUAGCCGGGUCGACCCAGUUUGACAUUUACGGGUCAGAUUUCAGGUGGGGGAGACCCCGGAAGGUAGAGAUUGUGUCUAUAGAUAGGAGUGGAGCUAUUGCUUUGAACAAAAGUAGAGAUAAAACUGGCGGUGUGGAGAUUGGUGUGGCUUUGAAGAAGCAAGAAAUGGACAUUUUCGCUUCUCUAUUUGUUAAAGGGCUUAAUGAUGACAAUUAG